AUGGGUAACGAUGGUGGCUCCAUCCCCAAGAGGCGGGAACUCGUCAAGAACGCUGCACGAGCGCCAACUAUCUCCGAGCUUAAGUCCACCGCCCUCGAGUCCCUCGGCCACGCGUGGUCACAUUGCGCCCUCUCCGGCGACCAGAUCGACCUCGCCUCCGUUGCCUCGGACUGGCGCGGCCGCCUGUUCAACUACGAAUCCAUCCUCAAGGGCCUGAUGCCGUCCGACGAACCCUCCCCCGCCGAAGUCACGCCCGCCACCCUUGGCAUCCGAUCGCUUCGAGAUGUUGCAAAACUAAAGUUCUCCAAGACCGGCGACAAGUGGACAUGCCCCAUCUCCAUGAAGGAGAUGGGUCCUGCUACCAAGGCCGUCUAUCUCGUUCCUUGCGGCCAUACCUUUGCCGAUGUCGCAAUCAAGGAAAUCCCAGACAACAUGUGCCCCUCGUGUGCCGAGGUAUUCAGCCACGAGCAUGUCAUCCCCAUCCUGCCCAUUGCGCCGAUAGAGGUCUCGCGCUUGGAGCAGAGGAUCGAGAAGUUGCGUGCCACCGGCCACACUCAUACACUGAAAAAGGACAAGUCCGACAAGAAGAAGAAGAAGCGCAAGGCCGACGAAGUAGACGCCGAGAGCACUGUCGAGAAGUCCAGGGAGCAGAUUGGCCGCAAAGAGGGCAGCAAUGGCAUCCCUGAGAGGAAGAAAACCACAAUCGAAUCCCGAAUCAGCGGCAUCAACAACCCAAUGGCUGCGUCGCUUACCGCCAAGGUGCUGGCAGAGCAGGAGGAGCGUAAUAAGCGACGGAAGCUGGCUGCAGGUCUUCUAACAGGGAAAAGCGAAGCAGCCAGAGGUUGA